GGGAGGAGGAUUAUACGAUUGAUGCUAAAGUAUCUAGGUAUACUUUCUAUAAUCUAAUUACUGAUGCCUAACAAAUUAGCUAAUGAGCUGAACGAUUUUAAGAAUUUAAAAGUAUUACCUUGGAAUAAAUUAGAAAAGACUUACGACGACAAGUAUCGUAAAGGCUAUCGUAUAUGUUUUUACGCUUAGCAAUCAAAUAGGCAGUUAACAUUUCACGUUUUCAGGUAGUUUUUAGGCCUGUAACAAUUUGGAUAUAAUAACUAACCCCCCAUCUUCCCCCAUCUCAUCUAUCUCCACCAACAAGACAGACAAUUAUAUAAUAACUACAACUUCAAUCCAUCUUAAACUCUUUAUACACAUUAUAUCAUCAAUUCUACAGAAACCACAGAUAAAAACACAUCUUCAAAAUGAAAGUCAUUGUUGCUGGCGGUUCCGGAUUUGUCGGGGGUGAAGUCAUUCGACAAGCAAUCGCUGAUGAGAAAAUCACCCAAAUAUUUGCGCUCACCCGCAAAUCUCUCCCCGAGGACCUCACCAAGAGCGAAAAAGUCACUGCAAUUCAACACCAAGACUUUUUAGUCUACCCACCUGAACUAUUGGCACAACUCGCAGGUGCUGAAGCAUGUUUCUGGUCCCUUGGUGGUCGUGCAUACCAAUUCCCAGACGUGGAGACGGCCAAGAAAGUAUCAGUAGACUUCACCGUCGCAGCCGCGAAAGCCUUCGUGGAAGUACUAGCGCCCCAACUCCCGGAGUCCAAGAAGUUCCGCUUCGUGUUCUGCAGCGGAAAAUGGGCAGAAUGGGACCAGGACAAGAACUUAAGCUUCUUCAAGGAUACCAGAAGAAUCAAGGGACUCGUCGAGAAAGAGCUUUGCGAUGUCGCAGACGCCAAUAAGGACAGAUUCGAAGUUUGGGCUGUGCGACCCAGCGUAAUCACCAAGAAGUACCCGACUUUGGUAAACGGGCUCAUGGUACAUACCAUGGGGUCCAUUCCGGUCGAUCACCUAGCUAAAGCGAUGUUGAAGAUUGCUUUUGAGGGAUAUAAGGACCACAUCAUUGAGUAUGAGGCAUUGCUUAAGAUUUGAUGAUUGCUGAGGUGGAGGCUAUUCGGUGUGCGCACCUUGGUAUGAUUGAUUGAUUGUUGAUUCAUUUUUCUGAGACAUAGCGUUUGCGUCGAGAUGUUUGUCUUCUAUACCAACUCAUUAUAAUUUAGCGUAAUAAGCCGAUUUGUUAUACAUAAUUAAAAUUUUUAAAAUUGA